AUUGUUGAAAGAAACCACUUUAUUUACUAAAUUUGUUUUGUUAUGUUUCUCUUCGACAUAUGAAUAAAACUGAGAAAGAGGAUAUUUACGGAUUAUAAAAUUCCAAGGAGACAUGUGAAAUAAAGCUCUUUUAUGCAUGCCUUAUCAAUCUAUUUCUUUGCAGAACAGAACCAGAACUGUCAGAACUCGGAAACCCCACCAAAAAAUCUAUGUGAUCGUUAUUCAUGGACAAGGACGUGAUGUUGGGUGAAUUCCACAUGAUCUAUUAAUGGUUAUACCUUUUUAUAUCGUUGUUAUUAAACUUGGUGUUAUUUUUUAAGUUGGACACAUUAGCCUAGUCGAAGACAGUUUAAACAUUUCAUAAUCAUAGGCAUAUCAUAUUAUUAUAAGCUUAUGGAAAAAAGAAAUAUGAGAAAAUAAGCUUAGUCUACUUACACAUUUAAGUUAAUGAAAUAAAAAUGGCAGGCCGUAAUAAAAGUAAAGCACAACUGGCAGGAAAAGAACGCUCAGGAUUUACAAUAUAUGCCAAGUUGAUACAUACAGAUGAAAAGUUUGCGCUGAAAAAUAUCUAUGGUGAAAUGAAGAUAUCUGAGUUGAAAGGACAGAUUGAAUUUGUAACUGGAUUACCAGUGCAUCUCCAGAGAGUAUAUUAUUUAGAUGAGGGUGACUUGGUGGAUGGCAGCGACAUCAAAUCAAAUGAUAUUGUGGCAGGUUCUAAAUUACAAUUAAGUGUAUGGUCGCAAUGGAGAGAAUUAGUUGAAGCUGUUGUCAGUGGUGAAGCAGAUUGGGUAUUCCGUUUGGGUGUUACAUAUCCAACAGAUUAUCAAACACCAAACAGUCAAUACAUGGCAUCAAAAGCUCGUAAAGCAUGGAUAGAAGAAAGAGCUUUUGUGGCUCUUUGUAUUGCAGCUAAUCGUGGUCAUGAUGAAUUGGUUCGAAAACUCAUUGAUUCUGGUGCCAAUGUAGACAGUAGAACUCCACUUGGUAGAACAGCAUUACAUCUAGCAGCUUCACGAGGGCGAGGACACAUUAUUGAUCUUCUCCUAGAAAAAGGUGCCCAGAUAGACGCAGAGGAUGAUACAGGCCAAAGUGCCCUUUCAAUAGCUGAUAAAUUUGGAAACAAAGGUUGUGAGAGACAUUUGUUUCUAUUUCGCUGGCAGCAAAGAGCUAAGAAAGCCUCUGCCCCACGAAAAGUGCCUCGAAUGGCACAUCAAUACAAUGACUCUAAAUUCCCAGUGUGGAAAGAUGGGCGACAGGCUCAGAUGUAUCUUAGUAAUAUCUUACCUCCUGGAGAAUUUGAAGGAACAGCAUUAAGUGCUCCUCCAAGAAGGACCCAUCCAUCACUAUCUCGGAAACAGAAAAGAGAUGAAGAAAUCAGAGCCUUGCAGGAAAUGAUAGAAAAGCAGGAAGCAGCCAAGCUUGAAAGCAGCUCAGAUGGUCGUUUACCAGCUAUACAAGAGACAUCAUCUAACCGAGAUGUAUCUGCAGAAGCUUUAGAUGCCUUGGAUCGUAAAAGCAGCUUAGUCGUUGGAAUUGAGAUGCGAAAAGCCAAGUUACCAAAACAGUUUGAUGAGUGGUUGAAUAAAAAGACAGAAAAAGAAAAAGAAAAGUUACAUGUAAAGAGAAAAGAAAGAGAGAUUAAAAAAAUGGAAGAGGAGGAGAGGAAAAAAGAAGAGUUUGAAAAGGGACAGUCAUAUGAAACAUGGCUAAGUCAACGUGAAGACGAAAAGAGAAAAGCAGCACUUUCUGCUGGCAGUAAGCAUACUGCAGAGGGUCGUAUCAUUCGCAGUAACAGUCAGGGAGCAUUACGCGUAUAUCUACAGUCACUUGGCAAGAGUAAAAGUGGCUUUUCAUAUUAUGAUUGGUUGCUUGAAAAAGAAGCAGAACUGUAUUCAUCAGAGUCUAGUAAAAUGGAGCUACCCGUUUUGAAGACUUGAACAAUAAGACUUUUAUAUGAAAUCUUUGCCUGUGAUAAUCAAAUGAAAAAGUCUGUUGAUACAAAAUUCUUAUCUGAUGUGCAUUUAAUUCUUUUAUUUUGUAACAAUUUAAUCAUGCAGUUAUUAGAUUAAACAGCUAUUAUUUGUUUA